AUGGCAGAGCCUUUUGACAUAUCACUGCUUCCUAAUGUCCUGGAACUACAACCCAAGGCACAUCUCAUGAUCGGUUUUGGCGUAGCGUUUCUUGUACUGGUCUGGUUAUCAGUCGCCUUGCGGAUCUAUGUCCGGCUGUUCAUGAUUAGAGCCUUCGGAUGGGACGAUGGCAUGCUGCUCAUAUCGACGAUGACUUUUAGCUCAUUUUGCGCCUGCCUGAUUGUGGAGGCCAGGUACUGUCGAAGCCCAGAAGUGGAACAAGCCUACUUAACAGCGAAUCUGGAUGCCAUCUUGAUAGUAUUGACGCACGCAUUGAAGUACGUCGUUGUGUACAACGCCCUUUACAUUCUUACCACCAUUCUUUUCAAGAUCAGUCUAGCUGUCUUUUUCCUCCGAAUCGUCGUCUUGAAAUGGCAGCGCCGUAUAAUCUACCUUUCGACCGGAAUCUACACUCUUUACAGCGUCAUCUUCAUCUUCCUUGUCACCUUCCGCUGUGGAAGCCCGUCCGAUCUGCUUAUCAACGCCUCCAAGGGGAAAUGCAUUUCUAAUGAGGCAAUCAUGCCACUGGUCUACAUCUCAGGCGCUCUCAAUGCUGCAGCCGACGUUGUGUUUGCGACUCUUCCAGUCGUCAUUCUCUGGAACAGCCAUAUGCCUCGUCAAGCGAAAGUCUCGGUCGGUAUCCUCUUGAGUAUGGGCUGUCUCGGAAGCGUCGCGUCCAUCAUCCGCAUGGCCUAUCUCGGAGGACUUUCUGUCGAUGCUGGAUUCUUCAAGCAUGCGAUUGAUGCUGGUCUUCUUUCGGUCGUUGAGCCGGGAUUGGCUAUCACUGCAGCGUCUCUCUCGGCCCUGCGGCCACUGUUCAAGAGCAUGGUGGAGCAGACACUUCCAACUUUUUUUCAUACAGGCUACGGCAGGACCAAAAACAGUACUGCAGGCAAUAGCAAGAGACGAAGGUCACAUCGUGUGACGAGAUCCCGCGCAAGCUUUGAGGACCAGAAAGGCUUCCAGGUGUUUGACAACUCGACAUCGAGAACGCACACCGUGAUCGCGACCAGUCCGAGAAUCGAGAUGGACGAACUCAGCAACGACGACAUUACGUUGAACAGACAAAGCAGUCAAGGCUCCUUGGUCGAGCAACACAUGUACGAGACUGCAAGGACUUGGGUGCCACCAUAUUCAGGCAAGGGCGUGAUGAUGACUCGGGCGAUAAAUGUGACCGAACACUAG